GUUUUCUGAUAUUAUUGAAAUUCAUACACCAUCUGAAUUUGGUCAAAAACCACAUAUAACACUUGAAAGUUUGUCACGUAAUAACUCGGAAAGUUCUCGAAAUGCAGAUACUCCAAAAUUUGGCAGAUCAAAAAAAUCUUUGAAAAGGUUAAGAAAGAAAAAGAAUAGGACACUGACUGAGAACCCAUUUAGAAAUCCAUUUGUUUCACCAUUACAUACACCUCAUCAUAUUCUUGCUAAAUAUCCUCCUCUUUUUAUUUCUUAUGGAGGAAGAGAAGUGUUUAGAGAUGAUAUUGAGAUGUUCUGUCAAAAAUGUAUUAAGAGUAAGAGAAAUCAUUCUCUUGAAUCUGAAAAAGUCGAUAAUGAUCCAAAUGAUUUUGAGAUAGAAGCAAAGGAUGGAUUACACCCUGAUGUCAUUAUUGAGAUGGAUGAAGAUAUGGUUCAUGAGUAUGUCCAUUCUUUGUAA